AUGACUCUUGCAUUUGGUAAUCUGAAAACUGUUGCAUUGCGUACGCGUCAAUUGGUGACCUUGACACGUUUUAUUAAUACGAGCAGUUCCAAUACGAUGGCAAGUGCUACUGAAGCUAAAGAAUCCACAGGUGCUAGUAAGAAGGCACCAUUGAUGAAGACAUUUGAGAUCUAUCGAUGGUGUCCGGAUAGACCCACUGAAAAGCCUACACUUGAAAAGUUCCAAGUGGACCUCAAUGCGUGUGGACCCAUGGUGUUGGAUGCAUUGAUCAAGAUCAAGAAUGAACAAGACCCAUCGCUUACUUUUCGCCGUUCAUGCCGUGAAGGCAUUUGUGGCUCGUGUGCUAUGAACAUUGAAGGUGGAAACACGCUCGCUUGCAUUUGUAAGAUCAACCGUGAUGUCAGCAAGCCCGUCAAGAUCUAUCCUUUGCCUCACAUGUAUAUUAUUAAGGAUCUGGUGCCGGAUAUGACCCACUUUUACAAGCAAUACAAGAGCAUUGAGCCCUAUCUCAAGCAAGUCAAGGGUCCAGAGCCGGGUCAUGAGAACUUGCAAUCGAUUGCGGAUCGUAAAAAGUUGGAUGGACUAUACGAAUGCAUUUUGUGUGCUUGUUGCUCGACCUCUUGUCCUUCGUAUUGGUGGAAUCAGGAAGAAUACCUUGGUCCUGCUAUUCUAUUGCAAUCAUAUCGUUGGAUGGCGGAUUCACGCGAUCAAUUUGGACCUCAGCGACGUGAGCAGUUGCAGAACAAAAUGUCACUUUAUCGUUGCCAUACCAUCAUGAAUUGUAGCAAGACUUGUCCAAAGGGACUACAACCUGGUGAAGCCAUUGCCAAGAUUAAGCUAUUGAUGGCAACAGAAUAG